ACAGAUCUGUGACUAGAAUCCAGGUCCCCACUUCCACGCUGGCCAUCGCCGCUGCCCUCUCUCUGGGACAGGAGAACAUCAUGAAAUCCAACAUUGACAAGAAGUUCUCUGCACACUAUGACGCCGUGGAGGCAGAGCUCAAGUCCAGCACCGUGGGUCUGGUGACCCUGAAUGACAUGAAGGCGAAGCAGCAGGCACUGGUGAAGGAGCGGGAGAAGCAGCUGGCCAAGAAGGAGCAGUCGAAGGAGCUGCAGCUGAAGCUGGAGAAACUGCGAGAGAAGGAGCGCAAGAAGGAGGCCAAGCGGAAGAUCUCCAGCCUGUCCUUUACACUGGAGGAAGAAGAGGAGGCAGGCGAGGAGGAGGAAGAGGUGGUCAUGUAUGAGGAGGAGCUGGAAAGGGAAGAGGUCACCACAAAGAAGAGGAAACUGGGGAAGAAUCCAGAUGUGGACACCAGCUUCCUGCCUGACCGAGACCGGGAGGAGGAGGAGAAUCGGCUCCGGGAAGAGCUCCGGCAGGAGUGGGAAGCCAAGCAGGAGAAGAUCAAGAGUGAGAGCUCCCUGGGCGAGGAGAUUGAAAUCACGUUCAGUUACUGGGAUGGCUCUGGACACCGGCGAACAGUCAAGAUGAAAAAGGGCAACACAAUGCAGCAGUUCCUGCAGAAGGCACUGGAGAUCCUGCGCAAAGACUUCAGUGAGCUCAGGUCAGCAGGAGUGGAGCAGCUCAUGUACAUCAAGGAGGACCUAAUCAUACCCCACCACCACAGCUUUUACGACUUCAUUGUCACCAAGGCACGAGGAAAGAGUGGGCCUCUCUUUAACUUCGAUGUUCACGACGAUGUGCGGCUGCUCAGUGACGCCACAGUGGAGAAGGAUGAGUCGCACGCAGGCAAGGUGGUGCUGAGGAGCUGGUAUGAGAAGAACAAGCACAUUUUCCCCGCCAGCCGCUGGGAGCCCUACGACCCCGAGAAGAAGUGGGACAAGUACACGAUCCGGUGAAGGUGGAGGUGCACGGUCCCCCUUUCCCCGCGGCUCCAGGACUCUGGGCACCUGGCCCUCUCUCUGAGACAGGAUGGGCCAAUCAUCUGCUGCUCCGGCGCUGUCAUUACUGCUUUUUUCUUUUAUGAUAAAGAAACGUCCAUGUCAGUUGGAGCACCU